ACAUAACAGAAACUGAAUUAACUGUUAAUUAAAUUUCAAAUUUUUAAAACAAAAUAUGAAUACAUAUUUGAUUGUAACUGUAUUUCUAUGUACUGUAUGUUUAGGUCAUACAUUUGGCGGCAUAAUUGGUAUCAAUAAUUAUCAACAAUUAAUUGGCACACAAGAUGGCAAUGCUACUGAGGAAUGUAAAAAAGAUGCUUGCUGCUUAAAGAUUAUCGAUGAUAUUGUUCAAUGUGUUUUUGAUAAAGAGGACCCAGAUACAAUUGCUAAACAUUUUUUUGAGCCUAAAUUUUUCUGCUGUAUUAUUGGCAUUGAAUUUGAUUGCGCCAACUCAAUUGCCAAGAGUAAAUGUGAAACUAAAGAUCGUGAUAUAUUGUUAACUAAAAUUGACCAUGAUAAAGAUUUAUUAAAUGAAAAAGAAUGUCAAGAUUAUAAAAUUAAACAAGGUGUAACACAUUGCGAUAUUUAAAUGAUUAUAUAAUAUUAAAUCCAAAAUAAUGUUAAAAGUAUUUUUAUACUUUUUUUUAAUUGUAAUACU